AUGGCGGAAGGACGCAGAGAACAGCCGCCUCAUCCCCUCUUCUCCUCACCUCCGGCCAGCAAGCGACCCUGCCUGCGCCCUGCACCCCGGGGUCCGGGUCCGGGGCCCGGCCACGGCAUGCCCAGCUCCCGGUACCGCUCCCCGGAGUCCCUGCUGGACUGCGCCGCGAAGGCAGUAGCGGAGAAGUGGGCCUUCGAGAGAGUUGAGGAGCGCUUCGAGCGGAUCCCGGAGCCCGUCCAGCGCCGCAUCGUCUACUGGUCUUUCCCCCGCAACGAAAAGGAGAUAUGCAUGUACUCGUCGUUUCAGUGCCGUGUGGCCGGCGAGGAGGGUCCGGCGGCUACCGGCGGCGCUGGGAGUGCCGGCUCCGGAGCUACGACCGCCGCUGCUGCUGGAGGAUCCGCCGCCGGUACGGCAGCCACGGCGGGGGCAGCCGGAGCGGUGGGAACCGGAGACGGACUGCCAUUCCGCCGCGGUAUCCGGCUUCUGGAGACCGGCUGUGUGGAAAACGUUUUACAAGUUGGCUUUCACCUUAGUGGCACAGUAACUGAACCCACCACACCAUCAGAGCCAGAGGUCACACACAAGGUGGCCAUCAGCUUUGACCGCUGCAAGAUAACCUCCGUCACUUGUGGCUGCGGGAACCGGGAUAUAUUCUACUGUGCGCAUGUGGUGGCGCUGUCUCUUUACCGGAUUCGCAAGCCUGAACAGGUGAAGCUGCGGCUGCCCAUCUCCGAGACGCUGUUCCAGAUGAACAGAGACCAGCUGCAGAAGCUGGUCCAGUAUCUGAUAACAGCCCACCACACUGAGGUGCUGCCCACCGCUCAGAAACUGGCCGAUGAGAUCCUCUCCUCCAACUCUGAGAUCAACCAGGUUCAUGGUGCACCAGACCCAACUGCUGGUGCCAGCAUUGACGAUGACAACUGCUGGCAUCUGGACGAGGAUCAGGUCAGGGAGCAAGUCAAACAGUUUCUAUCCCAGGGAGGAUACUACGGCUCUGGGAAGCAGCUCAACUCCAUGUUUGCUAAGGUGCGGGAGAUGCUACGAAUGCGAGACUCCAACGGCGCCCGAAUGCUGACGCUCAUAACGGAACAGUUUAUGGCGGACCCUCGUCUGUCGCUAUGGAGACAGCAAGGCACGGGCAUGACGGACAAGUGUCGGCAGCUGUGGGAUGAGCUGGGUGCACUGUGGGUGUGUGUGGUGCUAAACCCCCACUGUAAAAGUGAGGAGAAGAGCACCUGGCUCAAGCAGCUGAAGAAGUGGGGGGACAUGGACGUCUGCCCGCUGGAGGACGGCAACUAUGGCAGCGAGCUUCCAAACAUCACUAACGCUCUUCCACAGAGCAACCUCGCACAGGACUCCGUGUCCAGGCCGAGGAGGACAGUGUUCAGCCGGGCCAACGAAGCCUGUGACCUCCACUGGCAGGACAGUCACCUCCAGAGGAUCAUCAGCAGCGAUUACUACAUGUCCCCGUCCUACCAGAGAGAGGGGGAGAGCCUGCUGUUCAACCCACAGGGUCUGCCACUCUGGCUCGACCAUGUACCAACAGCAUGCGCUCGCGUCGAUGCCCUGCGUUCCCACGGUUACUCAAGGGAAGCCCUGCGAUUGGCUGUUGCUAUCAUCAACACACUUCGCCUCCAACAGCAGAGACAGAUGGACAUCUACAAACACCAAAAGAAAGAGCUCCUCCAGAGGGGUGUGACCUCCACCACUAACCUAGAAGGCUGGGUCGGUCAUCCCUUAGACCCGAUUGGCUGUCUGUUCAUCACUCUCACAGAAACCUGCCGCGUGGAUGACGACAACAGCAUGGAUACCGGAGAGGGAGAACCCAGACCUCCAGUCUACCACCAUGUGCCAGUGUGGGGUUGUCCUGAUGCUGGGGAGUCGUACCUGACUCUGGCUUUAGAGGUGACUCUCAUGGGUAUGGGCCAGCAGAGGAUCAUGCCCGAGGGCCUUUAUGCUCAGGAUAAGGUUUGUCGUAAUGAGGAGCAGAUCGUUGCAAAACUUCAAGAACUGGAGCUGGAUGACCUCCUGGUUCAGACUCUUCGGAAACAGACCAUACAGCUACUAGAUGCCGGUCCCUUCAGUGGUCUUGGGGAAGUCAUCCACAGGGAGAGUGUUCCAAUGCACACCUUCGCCAAGUACCUCUUCUCCGCCCUACUGCCACAUGACGCUGACCUGGCGUAUAAGGUGGCUCUCCGCGCAAUGAGGCUUCCGGUGUUGGAGUCAUCAGGAGGCUCCGGGGACGUGGGCCACCCUCACCAUGGCAUCUCCAUAGUUCCAAGUAGAUACCCCCGCUGGUUCACACUGGGACACCUGGAGUCACAGCAGUGCGAGCUAGCCUCCACCAUGCUCACCGCUGCUAAAGGUGACAUGUUGAGGUUACGGACGGUACUGGAGGCCAUCCAGAAAAACAUCCACUCCUCUUCCUUAAUCUUCAAACUGGCCCAGGAUGCUUUUAAGAUCGCCACACCCGCAGACAACCCGCCUGAUAUAACCUUACUCAACGUAGCACUGGAGCUCGGCCUGCAGGUGAUGAGGAUGACUCUGUCCACACUGAAUUGGCGAAGGAGAGAGAUGGUUCGCUGGCUGGUUACCUGCGCCACUGAAGUCGGUCUGCGUGCAUUGGUUAGCAUCUUGCAGAGCUGGUACACUCUCUUCACACCGACCGAGGCCACCAGCAUUGUGGCAGCCACCGUCAUGUCCCACAACACCAUCCUGCGCCUCAGCCUCGACUACCCCCAACGUGAGGAGCUGGCUAGCUGUGCAAGGACCCUGGCCCUGCAGUGUGCCAUGAAGGACCCCCAGAACUGCGCUCUGUCAGCUCUGACACUAUGUGAGAAGGACCACAUCGCCUUCGAGACAGCCUAUCAGAUCGUGAUUGACGCAGCGUCCACAGGAAUGACGUACUCCCAGCUCUUUACCAUUGCAAGGUACAUGGAGCACAGAGGAUAUCCUCUGCGAUCGUUCAAAUUGGCCUCCCUUGCCAUGACACAUCUUAACCUGGCGUACAACCAGGACACACACCCAGCUAUUAACGAUGUGCUCUGGGCCUGCGCACUUAGCCACUCUUUGGGUAAAAAUGAGCUUGCAGCCAUUAUUCCCCUGGUGGUGAAGAGUGUGCACUGCGCCACAGUGCUGUCUGACAUCCUCAGACGGUGCACCAUGACAGCGCCGGGUCUUGCCGGCAUCCCUGGGAGAAGGAACUCUGGGAAGCUGAUGUCAACAGACAAGGCACCAUUGCGGCAGCUCCUAGAUGCCACAAUCUCAGCUUACAUCAACACCACGCACUCUCGACUGACACACAUCAGUCCGCGGCACUAUGGAGAGUUCAUAGAGUUCCUGAGCAAAGCAAGGGAGACUUUCCUGCUGGCACAGGAUGGCCACAUUCAGUUUGCCCAGUUCAUAGACAACCUGAAACAGAUCUACAAGGGCAAGAAGAAACUGAUGAUGUUGGUCAGGGAGCGCUUCGGCUGACCUCCCCCCUCCCUCACAGGGAUGCUCUCCCUGGGAAGAAGUUGAACGUAUUUGUUUCUAUUUAAGUAUUUUUUUAGAUUAUUUGUAUUUUUUACUUAUGUUGAGCCAUUUGUUGACUAAGUCAUAAGUUUUGGUCCCUGUUUUGUUGUUUUGUUUCUUGAAUGUGAACCAGGAAGUGUUUGCAGUACAUUGCUCUACUUUGGUGAGACUGCAAAAGAGGGAAAUGGCUUGAAAUGUCAAAGAAAUACCAACAAAAACAAAGUGUUUAACCCGCCAACCCGUUGAAUCGGUGAUAAAACCAUCAAGAGAUUGUGAUGACAAAAAAAGCAAAAAGGACUUUUUCAGUGGCACAUGACGAUAUGAGAAACCAAAUGAUUUUGUUGGAUGGGGUACAUACUUUGAGUCAGAAGACGCUUUCAGCUGCGCUUAAGAUGAAGUGUAUUUAAAAGUGGAAGAGAUAUGUCAUUCCAAACAUAAAGAGCCACUGAGGUGGAAAACACACACAUAGUGUUGCUGUCAUACCUCGACUUGUAUUAUUUGUCAGCUUUAACUUCUCUAUCAGAAAUGGCCUCUUGUUUCAUUCAGGGCAUCUUAGAGUAGAGAGAAUACAGAAAACAGAACUGCUCACACAUGGUCUUUCUGUGGAAGAAGUCAACACCAACAGGUUUAAAGCCACUCUAGACUAGCUCCUUUCCUCUACACCUGCUGGUCAGUGCUUCUCAUUAUCAUUAUCUCCAGAGGGUGAACCAUGUUGCUUUAUAGGAAGCAUGUUCCCAAAUCCAGCAGCCUGAGAGCGACAUUAUUCAGCCUGUUCUCGCUAAGGUAGAGUAGUAGAGGUUCCACAUGCACAUUAUUUUACAGUAUCUCUCUUAUAUCCUCCCGAAAGAUCAUUGAAAGUGACAAAAAUACAACUUGAUGAACAGUAGGGUCACAGAAGGACCAUCUCUAGAGAUACCACUGCACCGCUCUAUAUAGCUACUUGUGGCCAAAACCUUUUAAAUCUGUACGACUCCAUCAAUGACUUCUCACAUGCUAGAUCAAGAUUUAGUGAAUGAGCAAUAGUAGGCGAGUCUUCUUAAUUUGUAUCAUCCAGUGGCAUUGACUUCACUGUCUUGUACUCUGUUAGGAAACCUGGGAUCUUAUUGGGACCAUGUUGACUUCAGUGACUCUGCCUGUAACUAAAGUCCCUUUUCCGUUUCCAAAACUUCAGUGGGAACUCAGAAGCUCUUUGUUCCACACAACCCAGAACAUAAAUGCACGGUUCCAACACACAACCAGUCAAACAUCACUGUUUAUACAAACUAGCCCGCAUGAUCUGCAUUUAAAGCAGCAGCAUUAGAAAAAAUACAGAAUAAACAGGAAAAUAACAAGGUAGAAAUUAAAUUAAAGAAAACUAAUUUCAUCCUGAUUGGAAAAAAGCCAUAUAAAAUGUUUACCAUGAAUAUAUAUAAUAGAACCAAGCUUAAACCACUAAUAAGGCUUUACUUGUUAAUAUUUUUGUUAUAGCAAUCGAACAAAUAACUGAAAUGUGAGGAAAAACCCAAACUAUGCUCUUACCGUCCUCUCGACUCUAUUAACCAUCAUGUUAGCAUCAGUGAAGUAACUGUUAAGGUUCAAUUGUCUCACAUCAACUUUCUUAGCUGGUUAUUAGCUAGUUAGCUGUUAGCUAAUAAAUAUAAUAGAGGUUUUAACAACUUAUAAAAAACAAAAUUCCCUUCAAGUGAUGGUGGAGAACAAAAGAAAGCUAAAAGGAGACAGAAUAUUUUGCUUAAAUUUUUUAAGUGGCCUGAAAAUUACAACAUUAACGCUGAGAAUUGCUAGACGGGACAUUAGCUAAUGUCGCUAAAUCAACUGUAGAAAUCAGUAAUGGUGGUUUAAGCAGUGUUCGGAUAUACUCAUGCAAAAAAAGACAAUUAGCUAACAUUUGUGAAUGAAAAAUGUAAAUAUUUAUAACAUUUAGAAAAACAAAAGGAACUGAAGAAACUGCACUUACCAUUUCCAUUAUGACUGAUUUGCAAAUAACUAAAUGAACAUGCUAAGGAAGCUUUUUGUGGUUUCAAAUCCAUGUCACUCCCGAACCUAAGUUUCUACUGGUCUUAAACCUUUAUGGAAAAAGGUCUGUAGUUACGAAAGCUACUUUGCUGUGUAUGCUACUGGUUGUGUUAAUUCUGGACUGUGAAAAUGAGUGGCCAUGUCUCAAGGGUUGUAGAAACAAUGCACAUAUGAAAAAAUACUGUAUAUUUUAUGUCUUAGUGAUGUAAGCGUACAUAUUUGAGACAACAUGCCUCGGCACAGGAAGUUGUUUGUCUCUACGGGGGCCGUAUAGGUCUUUCUAACCCAGUGGCAUAGUGUUGUUAAUGGCAGUGUAGAGUACAGCAAGCGCUUGAACUGGUCUUCGUACUAGCACUUCACACAAAUACCUCUUCAGUACGUUCCUGCCUGCUUCAGCAUUUAUUUAUUGAUUGUUUAGAAACUUUGUGUGACUGAGUUGGAAUCGCAUACACAAAACGGAACUGGACUUAAAAUGGAAAAAAAAAGUCACAACAGAGGAGUCGGCCUGUCGACGGUAGGAGGAUAAAAAAGAGUACGGUUUUUGAAUGGAGGAACAUUUUCUUACUUGCUUUUACAUUCCAUGAGAGCUACCUUCACCCGCUACCCGGGUAGUCAGUCACAGCUCGGGGCCUUUUUUUUUUUAUCUGAAGAAAUGCAGAUAGUUGAAUGAGGAAGAUGAAUAAAAGGAAAAUUGAGCAAAAGAAAGAAAAGUAGAGAGAGAGGCUAAACUCAGUUCUCAGGGACAUCACUUAAAGAAACAAAACAAAAAGUAGUAGCAUUAAGCAUUUAAGAUAUUGUAAAUAUUAAAGUGUCAAUUCAGAAAAUUGUAAAGUUAUAAUUAUUUAUGAUAAGUAUGUUAUGUGUUUGGUCUUUUUCUUUAUUUUUACGUUCUUUUCGGCGAGGGUGUACUUGAAUUGUUUUGGACCGGGUGGAUUUGACGGCGUUUUUUUGUAAGAGCAAAGACUUCAAGGCAUUUCUCAGGUGCUCCUGUGUACAUUUCUUUCAGUUUGUUUUUUGCUAUAAUAAUUAUUGUUUGUGUUUUUUUUAUUUUUAGAUUUGCAAAGAAAUAAAAAAAAAUCUGUUUUCCAAAAGGAGGCAUGUUAUUGGGGAGCUGAAGAAAAAUGAGUAACGCAUUCAUUUGUAAACAGAUACGUACUAAACCUGACUAUGCAGAACCACUUCGUUGGUCUUGUCACCUCUUAAAGACGCCCUCUGAAAACCUGGCCCGGCAAAGAGGCAGGACGGUGUUGGGGGGGGGCGGACAAAGACAAGACCCAGCAUGCUUGUAUUUGGACAGCGCGCAGUAGCCAGCCUGCGUUCGCUGCAACAUUUAGAGGGAAAAAAAGAAAAAAGGUGAAAAAUGCCUUUCUGACCGAUCAAUGUACAAAGAUUAUUUUUGCUUACCUUCUUUGUUGUUUUUUUAUUUAAUCAGGACUCAAGCCUUUAGUGUCUUCUCAGCUGUUGUGUGGCAGCACUGCAUUGAGACAGAACAUAUAUACACAAGAGUCAGAAACAGCAACUGUAUGAACAAUAGCGAUGGCCUGCGAAUGAAUGUGUGUGUUCAUUCCUCAUUUCUUGUAACUCUAUUUUUCUUAUUGUUGCUUUCUUGACUCUCUUCAGCCUAAAAACUGAUUUCAUUUUCUCUAUCUCUACUUUUUUCAUCUUCUAUCUUUUUCUAGUUUUCCUCCAUUUAUCUGCUCGUUCCCUCUCUCACAGAAAGGGUUUUGGUUCCAUGGCAAUGCGUCGACGUGUCGGCGAGCAGUUUUCACUGCAGCCACUUCCUCUCACCAGGGCUCUGCAGCAGCCUUGAUUUCUUGGCUAUGACACUGGUAAUAGCACUAGACACUAAUGUUUCCUUAAAUCAAACCUGAAAGAGGGAUUCUAUUUCAAUUUUAGCUGUUGCUUAACCUGGAAGCUGCAUUCAGCUGCCUUUUUGUGAUGCAUAAACUGACAGCAUCACAACGGUUUCCUCUCUGUGUUCACUGUAUCAGCCUCUUUCUUUCUUUUUUUCCUUCUUUUCUCUUCUUCUCUUUCUUUCUGUCUUUCUCUCAUUCUUGUGGGGAGUUCUAUCUGCUGGUAGAGAUCUAGUUCACCGUUCUGUUUGUUUUGGGGAUUUUUGUAACUUAAGGGAAAAUGGAAAGUGUUUGUUGCCUCUUUGUGCUACUGAUUAAGAAAAAGGUAUUUCCAGUAUUUGUUGCCACAGAAGUAUGAUAGCUUAUCAUGGACACCGUUUUUUUGUUUUUUUUGGAAUUUGUUAUUUCUUUGUGCGACUUCUUGAGCUACUGUCUAUAAAGCAAGAAUUUAUUACUAUUUAUGUAAUGCUACUACCAUUUUAUAUUGAUUUGUGUUGG